CGCUUAUAGCUAUACACACAAACCCACGUAUAUUCUACCCGUUACUGCACACUAGCCAUAUAGCUAUAUCUAGCUAGCAACCGCACUUAUAGCUGGCCUUUAUACACAUGCAAGCAUAUAUUCCCUCUCAACUCCUUAGCUGAUUUCGUCUUCAAGUUUGCAAUAUUUUAUCUAUUUGCAUGCGAAUUGAAGCAGUUUUAAACACAAUGAGGGGAAAAUCAGGAUGUUCGUGUCUGCCUUGUUGAAGCAAAACUGUUUGCUUUCUUCUACAGAUUGAACUUUUGCCGGGCCCGGGACUUUUGAACACAUCGACGCGAGAAUUUCUAAAGAGGAAACAUGGAGGGGAUGAAAACUGAAAUGAGCGGUGCAGACGACCGGGUGAUAGCAACGAGAGCUAUCGAUACAGAUUGGAACGCAGUGGCUCCAGCUAACAUCGUGAAACUCGUCAACACUUGCGCCGAUGGACUUGGGACUUCUAAGGAGGCUUUCUUCUUUCCCUUACUCACUGCCACCGCCGCCAUGCUAGGUCAGAACGCCUACAUCGCACUCAAUGACCUUUGGUCUGAGCCCCCAGUCAUUUGGACGGCGGUCCUCGCAGACGACAUGUGCAGAAAGAAAUCAGCCGUGGUAAGAUUUAUUACGCGCUCCAUGAAAGUAGCAGAAGAUCAAAUCAGGAAUGAGCAUGCGCAAAGAGUCUUCACAUCCCCCGACACAAACAUUACAGACCCGCUAACAGCAGUUCCACAAAAUACGUCAGAAUUUGAUUUCACCAUGAGCAACUUGAAGGAGCGCAUGACCUCGGGAGGCCGUCAAGCUUGCAUAAUAGCCAAAGACCUUCAGAGAGUUUACCGCGCAUUGGAUGCACCGCGGUCAUCGGGGAGUGAUGCUCAGGUGUGUCAGAAGGAGGAGGAGGAGAUGUUGAAGCAUCGAGAGGCGUUCUUCGAGUUACAAACUGGGUACAGCCCUUGGUCAGAUGUCACGGGAGCAGUGUAUGAAGACGCAAGAUUUAAUUUAUCAGGAUUCAUCCAGCCGCAACAUGCCAACGCCCUCCUCAGCAACUCUACCGGCUCCCGAGGCUUCCUUGAGAGUACCGUGGCUAUCAUCUGCCCUAAACCCCGCAAGGUCUACCAUAACCAAUCCAUUGACGCAUCCUGCUGUGUCCUUGCGCCAAUCUUUUGAAGCUGCGUCGGAACCACAUAUCGACGA